GGUGAGCAUUAAUAAUAAACUACCAGUAAACAUUCUGCAUAGUACUCAUGAUGAAUGUUAAAAAUUAGCCAAAGUUUACUCAUAAGACAGUGGAAAAGUACUAAUAGUGACCAGACGGGACAUAAAUACUAAUGUACCAACUCGUCAGUACAAUUAAAAAUUGAUGCUCUUUAUUGCAAAAAAAUAUUUUGGUAAAAAUUAUGGCAGAUAAUUUUGCUUGUUCAAGAAAUAAUGCUUAAAACAAGCAAAAUCUUUUGCAAAUAGAAUGACAAUUUUGCCUUCCAAAAUUACUUAAAACAAGUAUAAAUGUCUAUGAAUAGUCAUAAAUGAUUAUUAAGCUUACAACAAUCCCAAAGUAACAGAUAUUAUAUAUUCACUUGCCAAGAAAUCUUUUUUCUUUGCAUUGAAAGAACCCUUUUUCAGUUUACUGACCAGUCGUAAAUCAUUUAUUUAUUAUGCCUGUCCUUUUGUGCUAAACAGUCAGUUAACUCUUACUUACAGUGUAGUACUUUGUUUGACUGGUUAUUUAAAUAUGCAAUUUUACAAAUUUAAAAUUCCAGUUUGGCCUGUUCAAGAGCAAGUAGUUAUUUAUAUUGUGAGUUUAGCAUUUAGAAACUAAGUGAGUGUGCUAAUAUGUUUCAUGGGUUCAUUUACCCCACACAGUGUGAACUUCAGGUUAAAAAAGGCCAAAAUAAAAAUCAGCCAAAAAAAUCGUCCACACUGCAAAAAAAUAGUAUCUUAGCAAGUGAAAUGAUCUGAAAUCUAGCUGAUAUACCUUUCUCAUUUUGAGAUUGUUGUAAGCUUAUUGUAAGAUUAUGUAACUUAUUUCUAGACUUGUUUAACUUGUUUUAAGUGAUAUAUUUGUAAGUUAAAUUAUCUCACUACAUUGGCAGAUGAUUUCAAGCAUAUUUCUCAUUAUCUGCAAAGUAGUAUAUCUGCCAAAACAGUAUAGUCAAUUUGUAAAAACAGCCAUUUGACUGUUAAAAACAUAUGAUCAGAAUAUGUCAUUUGGUUUUAUAUAAACAAACAGUGUCAAACAAGUGAACUAAAAGACAGCAACUGUGUAAUGUAAUGUAUUCAUGCGUAACCGACUGAAACAUUUGCAUCACGCAAAUUCAAAGCACAAUUCUUUCAGGAUAAAUGCUUUAUUUUCAUUAAUAUAUUAAUUUAUAUCAAUAUCAAUGUAUCAUUAAAAGCUGAUAAUGUUCUGGUGUUACUCUAACAGAGGCCUAUACUCUCUAUACUAACUGUGUGCUAUUGUGCUUAAUGCCCUAAUCAUUGCCAAGUCAUCAAUGGCGACACAAAAACAACCACUCACAAAACAGCUGAGACCAACUUCUCGCAUUGGCCCUGAUCUCCGAGCUGUUUUGCUACGUCUCAAGAACGGUCAUAGGACUAAACACUCACAAGCCUUCCCACAGCGAGGGGAACUUCCUACUGUUGCAGGUUUAUUACUUUAUCCAGAUAAAAAAGAGAAAAUGGUAACAACUACAGCGAUAGCUUUUGGCCCUAAAACUUGCGCCAGGGUUGAGCCAAAGAAGAUACUACAGUGCAAUCUAAUUCUGGAAGGAGACAGAAGCUUCAUAACAACACAUAGAGAGGCUUUCCCAUCUCAGCCUGUAGAUGGUGCUGCACUGACCAAGAGAACAGCCUCGGUAAAAGAGAAGACUCCCAAAGCACAAACGCCGCACUUUCAAACAAACUACCAGAAGAAUUUUUCCCCACCGCAGGGCGUUUUCAUGAGAAGACUUCAAGUCCUGCCCUGCCCUGAUAACCUCGCCGUCAACCCAGCACUAAGGGCUGAGUUCAGAACAGUCCAAAUGGAGACCUAUCCAGGCUGGAACAUCUCUCUACAUUCUCGACUCUUUCCUGCUCAAUCAAAAGAACAUGCAUCACUUAAAGAGGAGGAGGUGCUCAGGCCAAGUGCUCCCACCACCAGGAAGGCUUCCAGCUUCAUCUCACCAGUCAGCGUUUGA